GAUAGUGACUGUACAGAUGGCUGUUUAUUUUUCAUAUGCAUUGCAAGCAUCGCACCUCCGUCCUUAUUUGUGUUGACUAUACCCUGAAGACAUUCCUGGUCAAGGCCAAAUCUUGGUGAUUUCAUCGACAUGUCCUUAUAAUCAUCAUGGCAAAACUACAAGUGGUGAGGCUGGAGUUUGUGUCAAAGGGAGCCAUACCUCACUUGUGAAAGUGGUUUGAAGAUAUCUGCAACAUGUCUGCUGCAUUAUGUCUGACAGGAUAUGUACAGAAAAAUCUUAACAAAGGCAGAAAGCAGCCCCAAUAAUCUCCAGCAGAUGCCUGAAGUGUUUAGUGUUACAUUCGAAGGAACAGAUGAGGCAUGAGGCGGCUGAGCUUGCAUCAUAGAUCCAAGAAGUCCUGGGCUGUGGAGAAGAGGAUUGUGAACUCACUGGCUGGUGGGCUGGCUGGUGUGUGUGUGGACCUGACAUUAUUUCCUUUGGAUACAGUCAAAACUAGACUGCAGAGUCCCCAAGGAUUUAAAAAGGCUGGUGGUUUCCGUGGCAUUUAUGCUGGCGUUCCUUCUGCUGCCAUAGGAUCUUUUCCAAAUGCUGCUGCCUUUUUUGUCACUUAUGAAUAUACGAAGGCUGUCCUGCGCACAGCUGAUUCUCCAUAUUUUUCUCCAAUUAUUCACAUGAUGGCUGCCUCCUUUGGAGAAAUAGUUGCUUGUCUAAUACGAGUUCCUGCUGAAGUUGUGAAACAAAGAGCACAAGUGUCCCCAUCUACCAGUACCUUACGAAUCCUUUCCCAAACCGUCUAUGAAGAGGGUAUCCCAGGACUCUACCGAGGUUAUAAAAGCACAGUAUUAAGAGAGAUUCCUUUCUCUCUUGUACAAUUUCCUGUAUGGGAAUCUUUAAAGGAACUUUGGUCAUGGAAGCAAGGACACGUGGUGGAUUCUUGGCAGUCGGCAGUCUGUGGAGCAUUUGCAGGUGGAUUUGCAGCUGCAGUGACCACUCCUCUGGAUGUAGCCAAGACAAGAAUUAUGUUGGCAAAGACUGGCUCCAGAACCGCAAGUGGGAAUGUGUUAUCAGCUCUUCAAGGUGUAUGGAAAACUCAAGGGAUAUCGGGUUUGUUUGCCGGCAUUGUCCCUCGAAUCUCUUCCAUCAGCCUUGGAGGUUUUAUCUUUCUCGGGAUGUAUGACAAGAUCCGAAGCUUGCUUUUGUGAUUUUGGUCAAGAGGAACAGCUGUGAAGCCACUAUCCCACCCACCCCUCCUUAAUUCUAAGAAAAAAUAUUGACAUUUAUAGAAGUUAUUCCUUUAUAUUUCUCUCUUCCCUUCUUCCUGCCAAUCCUGCAUCCUGUGGCUCAGCAGCUGUUCAGCAGCCCGGACUUCAUUCUCUCUAUUUAAACAAGGAGAAAUCCCGUAAUUCCAUUUCCGUAACAAAAAUGUCCAUUUAUGGAGAGUCCUGUUAUGGUGGUGAGGCUAUGGGGAAGAGUCUGCCAAGAAAUUCAGCUUUGGGGGACAAAGCACCUAUUUAGGGGUUCCAGCCAAGGAACUGAAAAGCAUUAUUAUUAGCAGUCACUUUAGGGAGUGUGAUGUGCAAAUGACAGCCCAGUCUCCAUGGCUUAGUAGCCACAUAUAUUCAUCAUAGAAUGGCACCAGAGUCACCCCAGAGAAGAAAACAGCACCGUUAACAUGACUGAAAACUUGCCAUGCUCUGCAGGACAGACGGAAGAAGCAACAAGGUUUUUCUUUAAAAAAAAAUGUAUAGAAGGGGGGAAAACCCAUUUGUUUCUUGUUUGAAACCCAUUUGGAAAAUCUAGACCACUGUUCAUACCUACAGGUGCAUAGCCAGCAUUCUUGCUUGGAUAAGCAAGGCUGCCUUUUUUAAUUAGACUCGAAUUUCUUUAGUACUGAUUGAGUACAAUGUUGUAUUAUUUUACCGCCUAACAAGGGUGCCUAUGAAAAAAAGAGCAAGCUUGGGUUUUUUUUUUUUUCCUUUUCUUUCCCAUCCUUUGCCUCCAAAAAAUCAGUUUGGCAGGAGGUGAAAAAAAAUGAAGAUACAGAGAAGGGGGAAGAACUGAUGAAGGGUGAGGAGAGGAAACGAAGAUGCCAUCUCCUGCAGGGAGCUCAAUUUCUCUCCUCCAAGGACAGUCACAAAAAUGAGAGAUCUUGCUCGAGAAGCAGAGUGGGAUAGUGAUGAACCACAAUAGAUGCCGAAUCCAAAAAGAUCACAGUGCAAAGGGGCAAGGUGACUUUGGUGGCUGAAAAACACUUUGGGAAUGUUUAGACACUUGCAAAUCCUCAGGGAGGGUCAGGGUCAUAGGGUCGCAAGAUUUUGAUAUUUAGACAUAAGUUCCAUUUGGUCAUCCUAGCCCAUUUGCGGGUUAUGAAAUACAUAUCCUUUACAAAAGUCUUCAAAAUCCAGGAAGCGUAACAAUGCAGAAUUUCAUUUUACUUCUCCCACAAAGCCAAAUUAUAAAAAAGCGCAGAUCAAUGAAUCAAGGCAGGAUAAUUGGUAUUAUAAAUGAACCUUUAUUAAAGACACUUCAAUGCCAUUUGUUAAACACUUCCAAUAUCUUUACAAUGUAUUCUCAAUGUACAACAUUGUACCACAUUAGUCUAAUAAAUAAAUAACUUUUUACACAAAAAUUAAUACUUCCUCUUUCACAUUGCCUCUCAGAAGCAGCAGAUUCACAUAUUUAGUGGAAGUAACAACAUUUAAACAACUGUUAUCUAAAACUAAAAUUUCCAAAAAUGUUAAUAUGGCAAGUGUGCUUAGCAAUUCCAAUGGUGAUACCUUUUUCUAUGCCUUUCCAUAUUUACCUUCAUCUUUACCUAGAAACCUUCUUCACCUAGUAACCAAACCUUUACAAGUUCACUUUUCUUUAGAAAGCACAUCAUUUAGUCUCUCUCUUUAUGAAUAAGGGGAAAAAUUUACCCUGACUAUGUUUCCCUAUUAGCGGAUCCAUUUUCUUUAACAUCACCAAAUAAGCCACAAGUUGGCACCUUAUAUCAUUGGACACUUAUUCCAAAGUGCAAGUGUGUUUUAUUGUCUGGAGAUAGGGGGAUGGUGAAAUUAUGCAUUACUUCAGAAAGUCCAGCUUCAGCUAGAAAGCAGAUGGCAAAACUUGUCUUACAAAGCUAUACAUUUACCACCAACUGAAGGAGAAGGAAGAGUAAUUUAAUGGCAUAGUAAUCAGAUAUUUAAAAGCUCUCUCUUACUUAAAGGGAGAGAGUAUGUUUUAUCACAGGUUUCCUAUUAGAGGAAAGCCUCCUCCCAAAAGUAUGAAGAAAAAGGCUUGCACAUGGCACACCAAAACCUCUGGUUCUUUUCUAUCCAGUUGCUGUAGCAAGAUACUAAACAUCACAACAGAGAAAUAACCUGUGCCAGCUGGCCUUCUAAUGUCUAUUUAGAAAAAUCUGGUUGUUAAUGUUUCCUUUAGAGUCGAACAGUCUGGUUAAUAUAAAAACAUGCCAAAAAGCUUUCCUUGGUGUUUCAGAGUAGAUUAAGUCUAUUUGUGUCAUCCCGCAAAGAAAGUGUUUCCUAUAUUAUGUCCCUAAUACGAACUCCUAAUAUCCUAAACUAAAUCAUGUUUCCUAUCUUUAUUUCUCUGAAACUGGCCUUUAAGUCAAGUAAAGAAAAUAAGGAGAUCAGACAGAACCUGAUGCCGCCCUACAGACAAUGUCCUAACCUAUGUUUACCAAUUUUACUUCAGCCUAAGCUACAGUUAGUUGAUCAAGUGGGACGGAGAAUGACUUUUGGGAGCUACCAUACUACAUAGGCAUCAAUAUCAAAAGAGACAGCAUUUUUUUUUAAAAAAAACACCACACUUAAGUUAUAGAAACAGUUUUCAUGUGUGCGUUCACAUUUGUGUCGAGGGCUUAAGUGAACUUACAACAGUGUAUAAAAACUAAAGCA